UGCAUUUACACAAACACACGAUACAAGUUUCUCCUCCUCUUCAUCUCUCUAGCUCAAGUUCACAAACCCUAGCUUCUUCUGUUCUAGUUACAGAUGGCUUCUACCAUGUGCUUGAAGAACAUCGCAGUGUUGGCUCUUUCCCUUGCCGUUUGUGUCCAAGCCACUCUAGGAGGAAUAACAUGUGAGAAUCUAGACCACGAUGCAUGCGCAUUCGCGGUGUCAUCGUCCGGCAAACGCUGUGUGCUUGAGAAGCACGUGAGAAGAAGCGGGGAGGAAGCGUACACGUGCCGAACAUCAGAAAUUGAGGCCGAUAAGUUAAAGGACUGGAUCGAGAGCGAGACGUGCAUCAAGUCUUGUGGGCUUGAUCGCAAAUCCUACGGCAUCUCAUCAGACUCUCUCCUGGAGUCUAGCUUCACACAAAAACUUUGCUCCCCUCAGUGCUACGGCAGCUGCCCCAACAUUGUUGACCUUUACUUCAAUCUUGCUGCUGGUGAAGGUGUAUUUCUACCAACACUAUGUGCAGCACAAGGAGCAAAUGCUCGUCGAGAGAUGUCGGAGAUUCGUAGCUCUGGAUACGUCGCACCGGGACCAAUCAACGCGAAAUUGACAGCACCAGGACCAAUCAACUCAGUGAACUUGGCAACUGAUUAUCCACCAGUGGAGGUUGCCCCAGCACAGGCUCCUUUCUAAGUACACCAGCAUGCAUGCACUAAGGGCUGAGUUUCCGGCCGGGCUUGAUAAUUUACACCAGAAUAUCAUUAUGUGUUAUUUAAAUUAUAUAUAUGGAACUCAGAAUUCAGAAAUACAACUUAGAUUAAUUAGGUGAGAUAUAUAUGUGUGUAUACAAGAUUGUUUUCUAGCUUGUGUAUGCUUUAAUAUUUGGAUGGAUUUGAUAAUAAAGAUAUUUUUCUACA